AUGUCAAAUGAAUGUGAAAUCAAAGUGAAAUCCUCACUUCCCCGUUCUUAUGCGAAGUAUGCUGUGACGAUUGUUUCCACGGACUCAUGCCAGAACUCCUUAUCCACGACGGUCACCAUCACGACAUUCAACUCUCCUCCUGUUCUCGAGAAUCUACCGACUGUGAUAUUCAUCACCGAUAACAUAACCGCAGGGAAAACAAUUUUCCAUCUUGAUCUUGUUGAUAAAAGUAAUGACUCGGUUUGCUGUCGUAUUUCCGAUGUUAACCCGCCAUCUUCUAACUUCUUCCUCAACAUAUCCGACGACAACCCACGUAUUGUUACUGCUAACGAAUCUCGAUUUGAUAAUCGGUUAAUAAGUAACCAUUACAAGCUGACGGUGUGCUGUUCUGACGGUAUCAUCGCCACACAGAACUAUCUGGAGGUUUCUGUGAAAGCAGCGACUAAGAAAAGUUUGUACGACCCACCAGGAUGGUUUACAAUAGCGGUUACCAUGAGCAUGCUCCCCAUCUCAACUUUAAUCAUGUCUGCAUGCAUCAUUAUGGGUGUAACAUGCACGUGCGGCAAAGAUGGACAUAUAUCCUCCAAAUCUAAAUCUAAAUCGGGAAAAUCAAAUUAGUUUGAUCAAUAGACAUUUUUUGAACAAAAAUUAAGCUAAAGUGUUGCAUUUUACAUACACCAAUAUAGACAUACAUUUUGUAAUUGUGUGUCCGUCCUUGAAUGACCUUGACUAUAUAUAGGACGUUAACAAUACACGUGUACUGGGAGACUGCAGUAUCUUGUUUGUCUUGUUGUGAUAGCUCGGAUCGGAUGCCGACUUUAUCUCACCGAAGCACACUUCCGAAGACAUCAACGGACGCCCAACACGAUUACAUCAUAGGUUUGGUUUAUUUUGUUUAACGUCCUAUUAACAGCCAGUCACAUUAUAGGUCUCACAAUACUGAUUAUUUCACUAUAUGUUAUUUCCAAUGACUCCGUCCCCUCAAUCGCUCAUUUGAAGUUCAAUUGUUGUGAAAUUUAUAUCAAAUUAAAGUUUGAAGAUUUCUUUACUAAAGAUGACGUUAUUCUAUAGGUUUUUUAAAAGCAUAUAAGAGCACACAAGUACUUGGAAGACAGUAACCCUUAUGGGGAAUUCCCGCCUUUUUACACCUGGAAUCAUACGUCUUUUCUAUUUAUUCAAAAUCUCAAGACCCUACUCUUUAUUCUCGUAUAGUACCCAUUUCAUGUGUUAGUUAUUCAGAAAAUAGCUAGCUUCAAACCUAAGAAACACAUUUUUGGACAUGUUUAUUUUUUUUUUUUAGGUCGAUAGGCAAAGUUGUAUUUAUAUAAUUAGUUGUGCGAGACCGAUACUAUAUUUAACGGGUUUUACGUCCGCUAUUACGGCCUUGUGGCCUUUCAGCUGACGAGGACACCUACAUUUAUACUGAGGUAACUACUAUUUAUAGACUGGUAUUUUUUUUUACUUUUUUUUCUUCAAAAUUAUUAAUUAUGAACGGCCCUUUUGAACCACUAGUUCAGACCACUCUGUCGCUUUAAUAUUUAGGGUGGAAUCGGUCACUAGGGCCACCCUUAUCACAUGUGUAUGAUUUUAAAAUAAUAACGACAUAGGCGUGUCAUGUUUAUUGUAUUGUCGUUAUUUAUAUAUUUAUACCGUUUGGCUGUAUGUAAGGCCUAAAGUUAAAAAAAAAUGAAUUGAAUUGAAUGUGUCUUGGUCAGGGGAGAGAACCCAGAGAAUUUCUCACAGGGGCGAACGCUCAAGUAAAGGCCAUAAGCGAGGCAGUGUCAUUAAUGGGGACAUCAGGAAGAAGGCUGGCGCUUUGGGACAUGUACUAGAACUCAAACGACAACAAAAGCAUCAUAAUACAAUGGCUGGUGAAAAACUUUAAUGAUUUGAUAACAGUUAGUACUGAAUGUAAAAGAUGUAUUCCAAACAUAGAAUGCCCUGUAGAAGAAAGCAUUUAUCAAGAUGGUGUUAUUCACACAAAUUCAAAUGAUUUUUAUACAUUGAAAUAAAAACAGGUAAAAUCACACUUGCCUUCACCAUUUCUUAAAUCUAAAUCGUGUAGAGAAUGUAUUGCUUACAUUUAUUGAUGAUGGAAAUAAUCUUAAUCAAUUUUCAAUCAUUUUUGUCGUGCAAAUAUUGAAAAGAUAAAAAUAACCCACAAACAAGAAUAAAAGAAAUUUGUGUACACUUUUACUAUAACAAUGAUACAUUGUCACUGCAAAACUAAAAAAAUCUAUCUACAGCUAUCUGGCAGAGGUAAAAGUAAACAUGUCAGAAAAUUUACCAGUAAUUAGGAUUUCUAAGAAAUCUUUGGGAUGUUUGUGGGAUGUUGGGAUGUAUGUGGGAUGAAAUGAUGUGUUAUUUCCCCAGAUGCAUGGUAUGUAAUAUCGCUAUUUAUACCACAUUUAUAGUUGGUCUUUUUUCAUGUUGUUUUAGCCUUUUUAAUGCUACAUCUGUUUAUGGCGAUGUAUUCUUCUUGCUGCUUAAGGCCCAAAAUUGGUAUAUUUUAUUUUUCAAAUCAAAAACAUAAGGUUGUAUAAAUAUGAAAAUAAAAAUCAUUUUCUUG